CGCACUCGUACCGCCACAGUCACCAUCACUCGUCUGUCGCAGCAGCAUCGGCGUCCAUCAUGCUUGCUGCCACACCUGCUGCGAGCCCUGCUGUUGCUGCUGCUGCUGCUGCCCCAUCCUGCUGGCUGCACUCGGUCGUCGGCGCCGCUGGUCUUGGCGCUCGCUUUGCAUCGACGUCCGCUCCGAGCCCGUUCGGACCACGCGUCGGACGCCGCCCAACCCCGACCAAGCACCAUCACUCUCAGUCUCGCUCUGGCGAUCGCGAUCGGAGCAGGAUGUCGGCCGGUGCGGCUCGCGAGGACGUCAGGAUUGACAGGAGCCUGAACGCGUCGCCCGCAAAGCCCGAGAACCGCUUCCGUCGCCGAUUGCGUGAGCGCAAUGAAGCACAGAAUGAUGAUAACGAUGAUGCUACGUCGUCAAGGUACUCUGAUCGGGAUCGAUUCGGAGCACGGAAUGCUGCUUCAUCGCGACACGACGAGCGCAGUCUCAGAACUCCAUCGGCCGAGUCGUCCAACCGCGUUGAGCGGUCCCGAGCAAAGUACCUGCCAGGUCGGGCCGUGCAGCCACCGCGCACGCCUGAACGACGAGGCGCACACGAUGAGGAAGAUCGGCCCGCGUUCAGGAACCAGAACAAGAGUCGGCCCGCGUACAUUUCGCCUUCCCAUCAACCGUACACCGCCCGAAAGGGUGAGGUGUCCCGCUCCGACCCUGUCGUGCAGAAGCCGCCAAAAGUCGUUACAAACAUUGUCAACAAGAAUGCAGCAUUGUACGCCGAGCAUCGUGAAUCCUGGGGUUCCGCGAGGGACUGGAAUCGUCGAUCGUCCUCUGCCGCAGCUGCCGACACUCCUGCUCGCACUGGCCGACAAAAGAUUGUGCAGUCGGGUCCAGCGUCGGCGCGCUUUAACGAGGACCGAUUCUUGGUUUCGUCUUCCUCGCGACAAACAGACUCAAAAGCCCCCAAAUCGACAGCGUCGCACACGGCAAACUCGCCUCAAAAACGCUCCGGGAGAGACACAUUCUCGCGCGACCCAGUCGAAGAGGUGGUGGAUGCCGAUGUUGACGUGAACGAAGUUCCCAUUGGCGCACAAAGCCCGCCAAGGCCUGCGCCUCGGCCCAUUACGGAUGCGGAACGCGAUCGCAUUCGGCAGUGCGUGCUGCACAAGGAUCAGCACAUUAUUGUCAUCAACAAGCCGGCGGGUCUCAGUGUCAUGGCAGACGGCUUUGAGGCGUUGGAUUUGUCUCGCCUCCUCCCCGCGCUUCAAUUCGAGGCGCCGUGUCUCCCUCACAUUGUUCAUCGCCUUGAUAAAAACACGACGGGCGCCCUCUUGCUCGCGCGCAACCCUCGCGUUGCUCGCAUUCUUUCUCGCGCCUUCCAAAAGCAGCGCAUCGGGAAGACAUAUACUGCCAUCGUUGCAGGCGCGCCUCCGUUCGAUUCUGGCAUCAUUAACUGCCCGCUCGAAGUCAUUUCAGCAACGACUGCGCGCAAGGUGGGCGUGACUCCAGGCACGGUCUUGUGCCGCCACGAUUUGGUGUAUGCCAACGAAACCAGCUAUUUGCGCACCCGACGCGAUGCGCUGUCCGCCAUUACCCACUUUAGUGUGGUUGGGCGCUCGUCCCGAGGCCCUGCCGCACUCAUUGAAUUUGUGCCAAUGUCGGGCCGAAAGCACCAGCUCCGUGUGCACUCCUCCAAGUAUCUCGGCCAUCCGAUUCUGGGCGACAACCGCUACGGCAACGGAUGUCCUGUCGAGCUGCACGAACCUCUUGGCAUUGCCGGCUGGGACGCCAAGAACGAUGUCGUCAAGCUGCAGCUGCAUGCGCGAAGCAUCGUAGUCCCAAGUCUCGACCAACAACGGAACAACAAGCCGCUGGUCGUCCUUGCUCCGCUGCCGGCACACAUGAAGGAGGUCAUGGACAAGCUCCAAAUGACCGAGUCCUCCUUGCAUGAACAUGAAAUGCAUGGCUCAGUCACAAAGCCUCCGCGCAUUGUGCGAGAGCCAGAUGGUCGGCUGCAUGCUGUCAACGAUGCGUUGAAAAAGCGCAACAAGGCACAGGAGCGCAAGGAGCGCAUGCGCCAAAUGAAAUUGUCUGCCAUUUACGCUCGCAUGGACGAGCGCAAGGCCGCGGUUCGAGCCAGCCGACCCAAGAAACAGCCUCGCACCACUGCUCGUCGACGACCAUUUCCUUCUUCAUCGUCGUCGGCCAUCGUCUCGAGACCAGCUGGCACGAAGCGCAAGCGAGGAGCGGCAACCAUGAAAAAUCUGGUCGCGGCUGGAAAGCGCGGCGCUCGCAAGUCCAAACAGUUGUGAGUUGUCUUUUGGGCUUUUCAAAUCGCUUCUUCGUCCUGGUAACAUGAAAGCUUGGAUAUGUGUUUGGGGCAUUGUAUGCCAUCACAAUUAUUGAAAAAAAGGUUGUUGUUGUUGUACAAUUGUAUUCAAGUAUCAAAAAAAUCAAAACACGA